AGGUAUUUCAAACGUCAAGGGUAAAAGUACAGAUCUUCUAACUUCCAAAUUUAGAAAUGACACGUGGAUUUUGGGAACGAUUCUAAAUCAAAGAAAAAAUAUUUGCCCUACUGCCUCCACAGCAAUUCCAUGUUUGUUUUUGUUUUUGUUUUUGUUUUUUUUUCCUAGUCCCUGUAUAGUUUUGAAGCCAGGCAGAGAUGGCAGUACUGGAAAGGGAACCUUCCUAAGGUGCUACUUGAAGUGGUGUUGAUGCUUUGCUCUUUUCUCCCAAGUCAGUUCCAACCAAAGUCUCCCACGGAGAGGGCCCCCAUCCAGUAGAACUAUCUGUGAUGUAUUAUGCCAGCGACCUCCAUUUUUACAUAAUGUUUAAGGAUUACACGGCACAUUUUCCCAUGGUUAAGUUUGAUAAUGAUAACUGUUUGGCAAAUUUUCAAGUCUGUAAUUACUUGGGAUCCACCUAAAUUUGCCCUUAACUUUCACCAUAUAUGAUUUUCAGUUACUGUUUGUGGCCAGCAUGCCCUGCUCUGUUGGGGCAGAGAUGGCUGUUCUACUCUAGUACUUUUGAUGGUGGGAUAUUUUGAGUUUAUAAAGUGCCUUCAGGUACCUUCAAGAAGAAAAACACCUUUAGUUAGUUGGUGGUCUUAGUCUUAUAUUCCAGAGUGACAUUCACUAACUUUUAUAAUGCUCAUGGCUGCAUCUUACUGCUGUAAAUGAUGUAGAGAAAAAUAAACCAUUAACAUUUGUAGCAAGUUUAUAAUGUGCUAGGCACUCUGCUAAGCAUUUAUAUACCUCGUGUAUGUAAACCACCCCAAUUGGAAUCAGAAUAUGCAUCUUCCUAGCUGUGUGAACCUUGGGCAAGUUACCUGACUUCUCUGUGCCUUAGUUUCCUCAUGUUUAACUGGGAAUAAUAAUAGUACCAACCUCAUAGGGUGGUUGUGAAGAUUAAAUGAGUCUAUAUACAUAAAGCAUAUAGGACAGGCUAAAUGAGUGCUGUAAUUAUUGUGUUCUUUAAUGCUCAUUUUGCACAUCAGGAAAUUGAGGUGGACACAGGUUAACUUGUCUGAGGUCACAAAGCUAGUAAGUGGCAGAAUCAGAAUGCCUGCAUUUUUGUCCAUAAUGCAAUAAAACAUUUUGAUAAUUUCAUCCAUUAUAAUUGGGUGAGUUUAUUAAUUGACUUCAAAUAAAAGAAGUGUAUUCAACCGUUGAAUGCUAAAAACUGCUCAAACACCCAGAAAUUAAAGAAUAUCUAUACUUUAAAAAAAAACACAAAGGAAUUCAUUCUGUAAAGGAAAAAUGAUGGUUUUAUUUAUAUUUACUUCCUGAGGAAGCUCUUCUCUGUUAUGUGUCAUCCAUUCAGAACAUAAUUUACAAAAUACUAAGAAAUUAUCUAGCUCAGCAUGGUCUCUGGUCAUGGCGUCAAGGUGACCCCCUUGGUGUCAAUCUCUUUUAAAGUCUCUUAUCUAAACAUUUAUUUGAACCUAUUUGUAUUUACAGCUGGUAUUAUUCCUCGCCUUGAGUUCCACAGGUUUAUUAUAUUCUCUGUGUUAUAUUGCAUUUUGUACCUAAGUUUAUCUUGAGGUUUGAAGAGGUUCAUCAUAGUUCUUUUGGAAUCAAGCAUCAUGUGAAGAGAAAUGUUCUCUAGUCAAAUAAAUUUGGGAAAUGUUAAACAAAAUAAAGUUUCUUUACUGCAUAACUUGCCAGAGCUUUUACUAUGCUGAUGUGUUUUAUGACACUCCAAGAUUCCCAAACUUACUUGACCAAGAAGAUGUUGGAGGCAAGCAUUCUAAGAACCAUAUUUAGGGAAAUGGUGGUUUAGUCAUACCCUGUGAUUUUGUAGGCUUUGAUCUUAAUCCCUCACACUCAGCCUUUGGUGUUCUCUACUGAAGAUGUUUUUGGUUCAUGCUCAUAUGGCAGCUUCUCUAUCCCUUGAUCACUUCAGUUGCCUUUCUCUGGGCCUUCCUGCUGUCUCUGAAUGGUUGAGCACAGAAAUCCAGAAUAAUGUGCUAAGGUUUGUUCCUAGGCUCCUGCUGCUGGUGCUCAGCAUGGUGGCCUUUGGGGCCCAGCAGCGUAUCACACUGCUUUUCUUUUGAGAAUAUUUUGUGGCUCAAAGACCUCUUAGUAGUGAUCAUAGUAACUCACUGUCAUUUAUUGGUCACACUUCUGUCUUUUGUGCUCAAACCCAGACUUUCAUAUAUUUUAUUUUGACAGUGGUAGUUACUGGGUUUUUGUUUGUAUGUCUCCUUUUCAAAUCCUUGGGGAGGAAGAGAGACAGAACAAAUGGAGAAAAAAAUGGCUUUACAAAAUUAUAGCUAGAGGCUCACACCUAGAGAACCAAUCUCCACCAUAUAUACGUGACUAAUUAUAACUGCCACUCCUUUGUUUUCCCUCCCUGCCCUUCAUACAUAUCCACCCACUCAUAGUAACAUUGUUUGACCAGUAUUUCAGACUUGAGAUGCCCGGUACUGUAUCAUCCCUGCUACUGAGGAGCUCACAAUACUGUAUUUUGAGGGAGACAGUACUUGCAAAAUAAGCAGAGAGAAAAUAUGUAGAGCAAUUUGUAAUUAAGGACCAAAAUGUGAACUUUAGUUUAGACAUAAAUGCUACAGUAGUCAGGAGGCAAAAAAAUUCUUUAAAAGUUUUCAUGGAGGAGGCAGGUACUGACAUAGGCAGAAGGGCCUGCGGAAGCAUUUUAGGCACGUGGAAAGGAAGAGUAAAGGUGUGGAGCUAGAAAUGAGCCUGGUGUUUGGGGGAAAGUUUGUCCCAAAUACAGUGGUAGUAGUGGUGAUUGUUGGUAAGAGCAAUGGGUCGGAUCAGGAUCUAACAAGAAUUUGGACUCAUUAAAGGAGGAGGGGGGGUACUUUGCAGAUGAUUCUUAAACAGGAGAGUGCUUUAGGAAAGUGAAUCUGGCUGAUUGGCUUUCAUUGGUAGGUUGGAGAAAGAUGCUGGAGACCAAUUUCAAUAUUAGAGGAUCCAGGCAUAUGGUAUGUUUUGAAGGGGGAAUGGGGUGGAAAUGGAAGUGGAAAACAGAGCAAAUCUGACGUAUUUUGCAGAGGAUGAAACAAUAGAACUGGUGAUGAUAGGAUGUAGCAACUAAAGAAGAGGAUAGAAGUCUGAGAGAACUCCAAGUUUUGAGUCUGCAGAAUUAGGAGCAUGGUUGCCCUUGAGAGAAAUCAGGAUUUGGUUAAAGGAGAAUGGGCUCCAUUUUGGAUGAGUUGGAAAUGAGAGAGCAAAUCCACAUGAAAAGAUAAGACUGGAGCUUACCCCAAGCUCAGAGUUAGAGCCCCUCAGGAUACAGUGGGUGAAGCAACUGUGAUGGUCUUAAGUUACUCACUGAAAGCAGAUCAUUUCUUAAGUCUAUAAAGGUAUUGCCAACAGCAUUUAAGAAAAAAAAUCAUACUCAGAUUUUGGUCCUCAAAAAGAGAGAUUGGUUUAGCUCAUUUAGUUCUUAUCCCUGGCUAAUUUUUUAAAAGUUGGGUUAUUUCUUAGUCUGCAUCACACUGCAUUCUGGCAUCUGAUUUGCUAUUGAGAAUCUCAUCUUGAGAGUUUAACAACUUCUCAAGCUGUGCUGAAGUCCCUUUUCCACCUAACGGCCACCUAAUGGGAAUAGGAAGGUCUUUGUUUUGUGGGGCAGAUCCUACAGUGUCAUAUCUGUUCUAUGCCAAAGGCAGGAAUACAGUAAAACCAGGCUGUGAUGCUGAGUGGGGUCCAAAAGCUUCAGUUAAGCAAAAUGCAUGUCAUGUUAUUGCAAGGCACUGAAAUGAAAUUGUGGCUUGGGCAGAGGAUCGCCGAUGGAGUUUAGACCCAUAUCUGCAUUGCAGAGAGUUGUCCUGACUGUCCAAACAGGCCAGGAGGUGUGCUUAUUUUUACCUUUCUUGAAGGGCAGAGGGGCUGUUCUGCACUUCUGGCUUGGGAAAUAGAAUUUGAACCAUGCCUCUUGAAAAAUGGACUCCUACAACAACCUGAAGCUUUAUUAAAAUGCAGGAACCUAGACAGAUAACUACUAUUCCCUUAAAAGUCUUUUGCAGCUCAAAAAUUCCAUGAAACUAUCUGAAAUAUUUUUUCCUGACAUGAAAACCCCUCUGGAAACGCCCAGCCUCUAUAAGUAACCUAAGUAAACUGACAAAUAGAUCGUUUGCCCUUUAAAAAAAAAAGUGUUAUUUCAAUUUAGAAAGCAAUGCAUAUAAUUUAAUCUUCAGAAUCUUACCUUUCAAAAUGGAAAUUGCUUGGAAGUGGCUUUUAACUGGGGAAUAUGGCAUGCUUGUGUCUGUGUCUGAUCUGCUUUCCUGCCAAAAUGAGUGUGCCCUUAGGCACACCCUUGUGCAUUUUCUGUUGCUAACUACAUUUUGCCAGACACUGCUUUGUGAAUGCAAAGAACGAGUGACCACUGCCAAGCUUUCUGUAGUGCUAGUCCUGUAUUUUCACAGAACUCAUCUAGCAGAAUCUUUCAGUGCUUCGCGGUCAAGUUAGCAUCGCCUGAGGCUCUGCCUGGGUGUCACUUCAACUGUCUUGCAGGGACCUUCUGAUAGCCUCAGUUCUAUUCAGGCUGUGCGAAUAGAUUAGGUUUGGUUCUGCUUGGUGGUUGCUAGUACCAGGUCACCUAGCUCACUGGUGAAUUAAUUCAAACCCAAAAAGUCACACCUGUGUCCUGUGCGCGGGUGCUGCAGGCUUAGGUGGAGAAAAGCAGGGAUAGAAUUGGAACCCAAAGCCCAGAAUGGCAGGAGAGGAUGUGGGGGCUCCACCCGAUCACCUCUGGGUUCACCGAGAGGGUAUCUACCGUGAUGAAUACCAGCGUACAUGGGUUGCUGUCGUGGAAGAGGAGAUGAGUUUCCUAAGGGCACGAGUCCAGCAAGUUCAGGUUCCCUUAGGUGACGCAGCUAGGCCAAGUCACCUUCUUACCUCCCAGCUACCUCUAAUGUGGCAACUCUACCCUGAGCAGCGCUACAUGGAUAACAACUCUCGUUUGUGGCAGAUACAGCAUCAUUUAAUGGUCAGGGGAGUGCAGGAGCUGUUGCUUAAGCUUUUACCUGAUGAUUAACCUGGUGCUGGGAUUCUAGGAAGAUAUGCUCAUUUGUUCUGUUCAGUAUAUGGCAAUCACUUCAUCUACCACUGCAGUGCACCCACCCUUGGGCCAGGGCGGGGCGGGGAAUGGGUUGAAAACUGUUCCAGAACACAGAAGUUUAGG